GACUUCCUUUCUUUUUUAGGGAACCUUUUCUGAUGGCUGUGGAAUGUGACCUGGGAGGGGAUUGCUUUCACAUAUUUUCACUGUACCACACUUCCGCUGUAUUGACUUUUCUUUAAGUACUUUCAGAUUUUUCCCUAAAGGAAGCAGAAGAUCACUGGGUAAAUGGGUCAAUUUGAGGGACUGGGAGAGUUCUUAUACUUCCAAAUGGUUGCCUGUUUGUCUGUAGAGGUGCCCCUUAUAGUUUGCAGUGCUUUGCAAAUUUUAGGCCAGUGCCACUCCCUAUUUAUGAGGCAACCAGAAGCAAUCUGUCUUGGAAUAAAGUGGGAAUUCUAAACCUUAGGUUUUUAUCUGUAAAGCGAACACAGCACUUGGCACGGUGGUGUGUGCCUGUAGUCCCAGCUUCUGGGGGGUGGAGGCAGGAGGAUCUCUUGAGGCCAGGGGUUGGAGGCUGUAGUAUACUACGAUAGCUCUGUGAAUAACCACUGCAUUUCAGUUUGGCCAACAUAGCAGGACCCUUUCUCUAAAGAAGUAAAUUAACAUGACUUUCACAAUCUAUUUAAAAAUCCCUAUUUAUAUUUUUCAUAUCAAAAUGUUUUAAAUUGUGUACUUUGAGUGACAUGGAAGAGCCUCUGAGUAUGUAUACUGUAUUUUGCCUGGACUUUUUAAAUUCCUGGGCUUUUUCCUUGUGUUCCUCUUGCCUGGAAGCUCUGCUGGUCUUCUUCCCCCUUCCCCCUCUUCCCUUCCUCCAUACCCUUUCACUUUGUUGACUUCUUCUUAGCCUUUAAGACUUAUCAGGAAACUUCCCUCUAGUGAACAUUCCCCCUCUCAUUAGCUCAGGUUGAUGUGUUUGUUUACUUUUAUUUUAGCCUUUGCUAUAAAAAGUAAGAAUAAUGGACAUUUGUUGAGAGUUUGCUGUGUUCCAGGCUCUGUUCUAAGAGUUUUACAUGAGUUCUUUCUUUAAUUCUGGCAAUAACACCUUGAGGGCAGGUACUGGUAUUAAUGUACCCAUUUUAACAAGAAGGGUACUGAGACUCAGAGGUUGUAACUUGCUCAAGGUGAAGUAAAUAGAGGAUCUGGGAAAGGAGCAUACUGUUUACCACCGUAUUAGAUCACAUUAUACCAAUUAUGUGAUGUUCUUUUUUUCACACUUAAAUGUUUGUAAUUACAGAGUGCAUUUUACAGUUGACUUAAUGUCAUAUUGUGAUUUCUUAAAAGGUGCCAUUAAUUUAAAGUGCCUUAACAGAUGUUUGAUUGGGCCUGAUAACUAAGAAAAUCGUCAUAUUGAAUUGGGUUGUCAUGACCUAUUUCACAGCUUAUGAGUUUUUCCUGAGCAGUCUCUUCAUCUUUAUUUCUCUAGUACAUAGAAUUUUUGGCACAUAGUAGGGAUCUAAUAAACAUUUAACCAGAAAAACUGAAGAUAGGAAAUGUAGGGGUCUCUGAAGACACAAACAUUAUCUAGUUUAUUUAAAAUUUUUUUUGCCUGUCUGUGAAUAUUUCGAGCAUUGCUUCCUUCGUUGUCUUUGUCUUUUCCCACCCCCUUUGCCAGGUCUUAGUUUGUUAUGUGGUUAAGAAAAUGAUAUUGUAAUCGAUAUAUGUUACUCAUGAUCUAUUUGUCAAAACCCACAGAAUAUACAAAAAGAGAAUGAACCCUAAUGUAAACUAUAGACUUUAGUUACUAAUCAUGUAUUGAUAUUGGUUCACAUUGUAAUAGGUGUAUCACACCAAUGCAAGAUUUUAAUAAUAAUAGAAUCUUUCCUAGCGGUUAGGUAAAACCUCUGUGUUGUCUUGAGUGUCAUUGGAGCCUUUAGUUUGCCAACAGUUCUCAAGGGCCCCUUAGAGGACAUUGUUCCUGCCACUGUCUCACCUGCAGGAGCCUUGAGAUGAGGUUUUAUUGCGGUCCAAAUAAUUUGUUUUUAUUUCUUAAGAAACCGUUCAGUUAAUUCUGACUUUUGAUCCACUCAGUGGUUAAAAAUUUUUAGGCCGGGCGCGGUGGCUCACGCCUGUUAUCCCAGCUACUCAGGAGGCUGAGGCAAGAGAAUUGCCUGAACCCAGGAGGCGGAGGUUACAGUGAUCCGAGAUUGCACCAUUGCACUCCAGCCUGGGUAACGAGUGAAACUCCGUCUCAAAAAAAAAAAAAUUUUUUUUAAUAAUCCUUUCUAUGACUUCAACUAUAGUCUACUCACAGAGAGAAUGUAUUUGGCCUUUAUUUUGUUAUGAAUCUGACAGACUGUAGGAGCAGAUAGAAGGAGCAAAUAAUAUGUGAGAAGGACACAUUCUUACAUAAAUGUAAGAAACUGUUGCUUACAGAUUUGUGAUUAUCACAAACUAUAGAACAGUGGGAUAGAACCUUUAUAUUACUGCUAAUUUAUUGAAAUACUACUAUAUGCCCUGGAAUACAGGCCAAUGUGGAAUAGUCCACACUAGGAGAAAUGCAUAAGUAAGUUAAAAUAUAAAAUACACAGUGCUGUACAGAACUAUGAAUAAAAAUCUGGCAAUACAUAGGAGUAGUGGAGUUCUUGUGGGAUUAGAGACAGCUUUGAGCUAGGUUUUAAAAACAUGAGACACAGUUUUCUAAUCAAAGAAAGGAUGGAUGUAUCCAAGUAAGGUCAUAGCAGUGGAAGAACUGUAUAGUUUAUAAGACAUUUUCUUUUUUUUGAGUUUUUAUUUUUCUUAUUUUUGUGUUUUGAUUUCCAACUUUUAAGUUCAGGGGUAUAUGUACAAGAUGUGCAGGUGUGUGACAUAGGUAACAUGUAACCAUAACAUGUAACAUGGUGUUUUGCUGCACAGAUAUCCCAUCACCUAGUUAUUAAGCACAGCAUCCAUUAGCUAUUCUUCCUGAUGCUCUCCCUCCUCCUAACCCCUACCUUCUGACAGCCCCAGUGUGUGUUGUUCCCCACGAUGUGUCCACGUGUUCUCAUCAUUCAACUCCCACUUAUAAGUGAGAACAUGCAGAAUUUGGUUUUCUGUUCCUGCAUUAGUUUGCCCAGGAAAAUGGCUUCCAGUUCCAUCCAUGUUCCUGGAACAGGAUCUCGUUCCUUUUAAUGGCUGCAUAGUAUUCCAUGGUGUCCAUAUAGUACAUUUUCUUUACCCAGUCUAUCAUUGAUGGGCAUUUAGGUUAAUUUUGUGUUAUAAGACACUUUCAUAUAUGGUAUUUAAUUUGAACUUUAUAUUAAUUAACCCUGAGAACUGAUCAGGCAUUAUUUUCUUCAUUCAACAUAUAAAUAAUUGAAGUCACCUAACUAAUGAAAAUAUGAAUUAAUAUUGGAACUAGGUUUGGGGAAAAUGUCUAGGAUCCUUUCUUUUUUUUGAGACGGAGUUUCGCUCUUGUUACCCAGGCUGGAGUGUAAUGGCCCGAUCUCGGCUCACUGCAACCUCUGCCUCCUGGGUUCGGGCAAUUCUCCUGCCUCAGCCUCCUGAGUAGCUGGGAUUACAGGCAUGUGCCACCAUGACCAGCUAAUUUUUUGUAUUUUUAGUAGAGACGGGGUUUCACCAUGUUGACCAGGAUGGUCUCGAUCUCUUGACCUCAUGAUCCACCCACCUCGGCCUCCCAAAGUGCUGGGAUUAUAGGCUUGAGCCACCGCACCCGGCCCCUAGGAUCCUUUCUAACAAUAACAUGAUGAUUUAACAUUUUUUGUUUUUUGAGACAUAGUCUCACUCUGUCACCCAGGCUGGAGUGCAGUGACAUCAUCUCGGCUCACUGCAACUUCCACCCUCUGGGUUCAAGUGAUUCUUCUUCCUCAGCCACUGUGUAGCUGGGAUUAUAAGUGUGUGCCACCAUGCCCAGCUAGUUUUUGUAUUUUUAAUAGAGAUAAGGUUUUACCAUGUUGACCAGGCUGGCCUUGAACUGCUGGCUUCAGGUGAUCUGCCUGCCUCAGCCUUCCAAAGUUGCUGGGGUGACAGGUGUCAACCACCACACCCAGUCAGGUUUUUCAUUUUUAUCUGAUGUUGAGUCCGAUGACAGUAGCGUAAGAUUUUUUUUUUUAAAAGAGAAUAUUUGAAGGGGAACAGGUAAAAGAACAAAACUGAGUAGGUCUAUUCAAGGACUGUAAAUUGGCCGUGCAUUGGGCCUAGCAGUCUUAACUGAGAUGUGAUUCUGUCAGGCAUUAAGGGUCACAGAAUCGUGUUUAUUUUAGAUUAGUUUCAGGUUUUCAGAAAAAUUGAGCAGAAAGUACAGAGAGUUCUCAUAUACUCUCCCACUCCAGUUCUCCUAUUAUCAACAGCUUGUUUUUGGUGUGGUACACCUAUUACAGUAUGAACCAAUAUCGAUACGUUACUGUUAACCAAAGCCUAUAGUUUACCUUAGGGUUCCUUCUUGGUUUUAUAUAUUCCUUGGUUUUGUAUAUUCUAUGGGUAUUGAAAAAUAUAUCCUGAGUAACAUAUAUCCAUUACAGUAUCAUACAGAAUAGUUUCAUUGACCUAAAAUUCCCCUGCGCUCCAUUUACUUACCCUCUUUCCCGGCUCGCUGGCAAUGAAUCUUUUCACUGUCUGUGGUUUUGCCUUUUCCAGAAUGGAAAGACAGUUGAAACCACAUAGUAUGGAGCCUUUUCAGACUGGCUUUUUUCACUUAGUGAUGUUCACUUAAGGUUCAUUUGUCUUUGUAAGCUUGUUAGAUCAUUUCUUUUUAACACUAAAUAAUAUUUCUUUGCGAUGAAGUACUCCAGGUUUUUUUCCGUUUGCAUAUUGAAGACCAUCUUGGUUGCUUCCAAGUUGUAGCAGUUAUGAAUAAAGUUCCAUGGCCUUUCCGCGCUGCCCACAGAGGGCUCCAUACGGCGUUGUUCUGGAUUCCUGUCGUAACUUAAAGGGAAACUUUCACCAUGUCUGGAGCCCUUGAUGUCCUGCAAAUGAAGGAGGAGGAUGUCCUUAAGUUCCUGGCAGCGUGAACCCACUUAGGUGGCACCAAUCUUGACUUCCAGCUGGAACAGUGUAUCUGUAAAAGGAAAAGUGAUGGCACCUACAUCAUAAAUCUGAAGAGGACCUGGGAGAAGCUUCUGCUGGCAGCUCGUGCCAUCGUUGCCAUUGAAAACCCUGCUGAUGUCAGUGUUACAGCCUCCAGGAAUACUGGCCAGAGGGCCGUGCUGAAGUUCGCUCCUGCCACUGGAGCCACCCCAGUUGCUGGCCACUUCACUCCUGCAGCCUUCACCAGCCAGAUCCAGGCAGCCUCCUGGGAGCCACUGCUUCCUGUGCUUACUAACUCGAGGGCUAACCAGCAGCUUCUCACAGAGGCAAUUUUUCUUUGAGACGGAGUUUCACUCUUGUUGCCCAGACUGGAGUGCAGUGGCAUGAUCUCAGCUCACUGCAACCUCCGCCUCAUGGAGGCAUCUUAUGUUAACCUACCAACCAUUGCUCUGUGUAACACAGAUUCUCCUCUACACUAUGUAGACAUUGCCAUCCCAUGCAACAACAAGGGAGCUCACUCAGUGGGUUUGAUGUGGUGGAUGCUGGCUCGGGAAGUUUUGUGCAUGCCUGGCACCAUUUCCCGUGAACACCUGGGGAGGUCAUGCCUGAUGUCUACUAAUACAGAGAUCCUGAAGAGAUUGAAAAAGAAGAGCAGGCUGCUGCUGAAAAGGCUGUGACCAAGGAGGAAUUUCGGGGCGAAUGGACUCCUGCGGCUCCUGAGUUCACUGCUACUCAGCCUGAGGUUGCACACUGGUCUGAGGCGUGCAGGUUCCCUCUGUGCCUAUGCAGCAUUUCCUACUGAAGCCUGAUGCACUCAGCCUGCCACGGAAGCCUGGUCUGCAGCUCCCACUGUUCAGGCGACUGGAUGGCAUUGGAUUAAAUUGUGCUUUGGGUGCAGCUGAAAUGAGACCUUUUAUUGAAAUAAUUGGAAAAUGUACAACAGCCUAUGUCCUCUGUUAUCCCAAUGCAGGUCUUCCCAACACCUUUGGUGACUAUGAUGAAACACCCUCUAUGAUGGCCAAGCACCUAAAGGAUUUUGCUAUGGAUGGCUUGGUCAAUAUAGUUGGAGGAUGCUGUGGUUCAACACCAGAUCAUAUCAGGGAAAUUGCUGAAGCUGUGAAAAAUUGCAAGCCUAGAGUUCCACCUGAUGCUGUUUUUGAAGGACAUAUGUUACUGUCUGGUCUAGAGCCCUUCAGGAUUGGACCGUACACCAACUUUGUUAACAUCGGAGAGCGCUGUAAUGUUGCAGGAUCAAGGAAGUUUGCUAAACUCAUCAUGGCAGGAAACUAUGAAGAAGCCUUGUGUGUUGCCAAAGUGCAGGUGGAAAUGGGAGCCCAGGUGCUGGAUAUCAACAUGGAUGAUGGCAUGCUAGAUGGUCCAAGUGCAAUGACCCAAUUUUGCAACUUAAUUGCUUCCGAGCCAGACAUUGCAAAGGUACCCUUGUGCAUCGACUCUUCCAAUUUUGCUGUGAUUGAAGCUGGGUUAAAGUGCUGCCAAGGGAAGUGCAUUGUCAACAGUAUUAGUCUGAAGGAAGGAGAGGAGGACUUCUUGGAAAAGGCCAGGAAGAUUAGAAAGUUUGGAGCUGCUGUAGUGGUCAUGGCUUUUGAUGAAGAAGGACAGGCAACAGAAACAGACAACAAAAUCAGAAUAUGCACCCGGGCCUAUCAUCUGCUUGUGAAAAAACUGGGCUUUAAUCCGAAUGACAUCAUUUUUGACCCAAAUAUCUUAACCAUUGGUACUGGGAUGGAAGAACACAACUUGUAUGCCAUUAAUUUUAUCCAGGCAACAAAAAUCAUUAAAGAAACAUUACCUGGAGCCAGAAUAAGUGGAGGUCUUUCCAAUUUGUCCUUCUCCUUCCGAGGAAUGGAUGCCAUUCGAGAAGCAAUGCAUGGGGUUUUCCUUUACCAUGCAAUCAAGUUUGGCAUGGACAUGGGGAUAGUGAAUGCUGGAAACCUCCCUGUGUAUGAUGAUAUCCAUAAGGAACUUCUGCAGCUCUGUGAAGAUCUCAUCUGGAAUAAAGACCCUGAGGCCACUGAGAAGCUCUUACGAUAUGCCCAGACUCAUGGCCAAGGAGGGAAGAAGGUCAUUCAGACUGACGAGUGGAGAAAUGGCCCUGUCGAAGAACGUCUUGAGUAUGCCCUUGUGAAGGGCAUUGAAAAACAUAUUAUUGAGGAUACUGAGGAAGCAAGGUUAAACCAAGAAAAAUAUCCCCGACCUCUCAAUAUAAUUGAAGGACCCUUGAUGAAUGGAAUGAAAAUUGUUGGUGAUCUUUUUGGAGCUGGAAAAAUGUUUCUACCUCAGGUUAUAAAGUCAGCCCGGGUGAUGAAGAAGGCUGUUGGCCACCUUAUCCCUUUUAUGGAGAAAGAAAGAGAAGAAACCAGAGUGCUUAACAGCACAAUAGAAGAAGAGGACCCUUACCAGGGCACCAUCGUGCUGGCCACUGUUAAGGGCGACGUGCACGACAUUGGCAAGAACAUAGUUGGUGUCGUCCUCGGCUGCAAUAAUUUCCGAGUUAUUGAUUUAGGAGUCAUGACUCCAUGUGAUAAGAUACUGAAGGCUGCUCUUGACCACAAAGCAGAUAUAAUUGGCCUGUCAGGACUUAUCACUCCUUCCCUGGAUGAAAUGAUUUUUGUUGCCAAGGAAAUGGAGAGAUUAGCUAUAAAGAUUCCAUUGUUGAUUGGAGGAGCAACCACUUCAAGAACCCACACAGCAGUUAAAAUAGCUCCAAGAUACAGUGCGCCUGUAAUCCAUGUGCUGGACGCGUCCAAGAGUGUGGUGGUGUGUUCUCAACUGUUAGAUGAAAAUCUAAAGGAUGAAUACUUUGAGGAAAUCAUGGAAGAAUAUGAAGAUAUUAGACAGGACCAUUAUGAGUCUCUCAAGGACAGGAGAUACUUACCCUUAAAUCAAGCCAGAAAAAGUGGUUUCCGAAUGGACUGGCUGUCUGAACCUCACCCAGUGAAGCCCACCUUUAUUGGAACCCAGGUCUUUGAAGACUAUGACCUGCAGAGGCUGGUGGACUACAUUGACUGGAAGCCUUUCUUUGAUGUCUGGCAGCUCCGGGGCAAGUACCCGAAUCGAGGCUUUCCCAAGAUAUUUAACGACAAAACAGUAGGUGAAGAGGCCAAAAAGGUCUACGAUGAUGCCCAAAAUAUGCUGAACUCACUGAUUAGUCAAAAGAAACUCCAAGCCAGGGGAGUGGUUGGGUUCUGGCCAGCACAGAGUGUCCAAGACGACAUUCACCUGUAUGCAGAGGGUGCCGUGCCCCAGGCUGCAGAGCCCAUAGCCACCUUCUAUGGGUUAAGACAACAGGCCGAGAAGGACUCUGCCAGCACAGAGCCCUACUACUGCCUCUCGGACUUCAUCGCUCCUUUGCAUUCCGGCAUCCGUGACUACCUGGGCCUGUUUGCCGUUGCCUGCUUUGGGGUGGAAGAGCUGAGCAAGGCCUAUGAGGAUGACGGUGACGACUACAGCAGCAUCAUGGUCAAGGCGCUGGGGGACCGGCUGGCAGAGGCCUUUGCAGAAGAGCUGCAUGAAAGGGUGCGCCGAGAACUGUGGGCCUACUGUGGCAGCGAGCAGCUGGACGUCGCAGACCUGCGCAGGCUGAGGUAUGAGGGCAUCCGCCCAGCUCCCGGCUACCCCAGCCAGCCUGACCACACCGAGAAGCUCACCAUGUGGAGACUUGCGGACAUCGAGCAAUCUACGGGCAUUAGGUUAACAGAAUCAUUAGCAAUGGCACCUGCUGCAGCAGUCUCAGGCCUCUACUUCUCCAAUUUGAAGUCCAAAUAUUUUGCUGUGGGGAAGAUAUCCAAGGAUCAGGUUGAGGAUUAUGCUUUGAGGAAGAAUAUGUCUGUGGCCGAGAUUGAGAAAUGGCUCGGACCCAUUCUGGGAUAUGAUACAGACUAACUUUUUUCUUUUUCUUUUUCUUUUUUUUUUUUUUUUGCCUUUUUUAUUCUUGAUGCUCCUCAAGGAAAUACAACCUAAAGUGCCUUAAAAAUAACAACAGAAAGCUGUGUGCAUCUGGCUGACACUGCCUCUUAGAAGAAAAGCCUGAAACUCAGUUAAAUGGGAAGUGUGAUCCUGUGGCAAGAUGAUAGUGUGAGAAAUGGGGCAUUUUAAUCUAAGCAGUUACAACGCUGGAUUCUGACGGGGAAGGAAGCGUAGCUCUGCUCUCUUCGGAGGACCUCAUUUUCUAAAGGCUGGAUUAAAUGGCUGCAGAACUCCCUUUGGCAGAAGCCAUGUUCUCGCCGCUUGCUUGUCAGAAACACUCAAGCCGUUUGCCCCAGUGUGCUCAAGCGGUCCUGCUCUCUGGGCACUUUCGUCCUCCCAUAAUUUCACAUUUCGAUGCCCCUGAGGAAACAAAAAGGAAAGGGGGAGAGAAAGUUUCUGUUAGGAGUGGUUAACGUCUUUUAAUUGUUUUCAGGAUUAAGCAGGUUCUCAGCUGAUAUCCUGUGUAGAGUUGGCAGGCGGGCAGCCUAAUGUCAGUCAUUUCUUACCAUCUUAUUCCCCUUCAAUUCUCAAUAUAUUCAAUAAUGAAGAAUGUUGCUGCCACUCAAGCAGCAAGCCUCAAACUCACCCAUGUCUUCUUUUUCUUGGAUGAUUGCAGUUGUCUCAAAAAUGUGCAUGCAAUUAUAUACUCAUCCUACUUUAGUUAAGAUGGUGGUGGAAAUAUUCAGGAGAAGGUCGCAUUGAGUCCUGAUUGGAGAUUUGAAGGAUGAAGACCAAGAAGCAAGGGAGGAACAAAUGAAGAACUGUCUUUGCUCAUGAAUAGGAAUAGUAAAGAUUAUAAAGGUAUCAGAUCUCCCCAAAUGGAUUUAUGGAUUUAAUACCAUUUUCAGUGUAAAUUUCAACCGAGAUUUUAUUGAAUGAAACAAGCAGGUGUUUAAAUUUAUAUGGAAUGGCAAAGGACUUAAAAUUACCAAAUGCUUCUAAAUAUGAAGGAGAGGUUGAGGAGACACACCCUAUAUGAUACAAUUGUUUGUUUUUGGUUUUUUGAGACAGAGCUUCGCUCUUUUCACCCAGGCUGGAGUGCAAUGGCGCAGUCUUGGCUCAAUGCAGCCUCUGCCUCCUGGGUUCAGGCAGUCUCCAGCCUUAGCCUCCCGAGUAGCUGGGAUUACAGGUGCACACCACCACGCCUGGUUAAUGUGGUGGAGAGGUAGGCAUUAUGAGCAGGGAAACAAAAUAAGGGCCUAGAAACUCACCCAUGCAUAUAUUGACCUUUGUGAAAUGACCUGGUGGCAGGGAGGUCAAUGGGGACAGGAAGGACCACUCCCUAAGUACAGAACAGUGGCUAUUGAUGUGGGGAAAAAAAAUUUGAAUUCCUCUCACCCUACCCAAUGAUAAGUUCCAAAUAUGUUAAGGGCUUCACUACCGAAAGCAAAAAUUGUCACUGUUUGGAUGAAAAUGGCUUUGUGCAGGAAAGAAUCUCUUGAGACAUAAAGUAGUUAUCAUAAAUGAUAAGAUGGUUAAGUCAACUCUGUUAAAACUAAAGGCUUAUAUUAAUAACACUUUAAUGCGGUGGCUCAUGCCUGUAAUCCCAGCACUUUGGGAGGCCGAGGAGGGUGGAUCACGAGGACAAGAGAUUGAGACCAUCCUGGUCAACGUGGUGAAACUCUGUCUCUACUAAAAAUACAAAAAAAUUAGCUGGGCAUGGUGGUGCGUGCCUGUAAUCCCAGCUACUCAGGAGGCUGAGGCAGGAGAAUUGCCUGAACCCAGGAGGCGGAGGUUGCAGUGAGCUGAGAUUGCCCCGUUGCACUCCAGCCUGGGUAACAAGAGCGAAACUCCGUCACAAUUAAAAAAAGAAAACACUUUAAGUGAGAAGAUGAGCCACAACUUGAGAAGACAUUUAUAAUACGAAUAACUGACAAAGGAUUCAUAAUCACAAAUAUAGAGAAUUCCUGUUUAAAAAAAACUCAAUAGAAAAAUAGAGAAGACUUGAAAAGGCAUUUCACACAAGAGGAAAUAUAUAGGGCUUUUAAAUAAAUAGAAAGAUGUUCUGUAGCAUUGCUGACCAGAGAAAUAUGAAUUCGGACCACAAUGAGGUUCCGUUUUAUAUCCAUAAGAUUUGCAAAAGCUGGGUCUCAGUACCAGGUGUUAGAUCUAUAGGGACUUGAGGAUGUGUGAACAGGUACCACUGCUUUAAAAACAACGGUUAUACCUCACAGACUUGAACAUUUGCAGACCUUAUGAUCUUGCUUCCAGCUCUCACUUGCAUGUGGCAACUAGGAGGAAUGUGUAAGAAUGUUCAUAGUCACGUAUUUAUAAUCAUAACUGGAAAAGGUGAAAUGUAUGUCUGUCUGCAGGAGAAUAGGUGAAUAAUUAGAUAUGUGUAUUCACCCUACCGGAUAUUAUUCAGCAGUGAAAAUGAGUGAACUACAGCUAUACCUCAUAAUAAGAAUGAAUCUCAGAAAAUAUUAAGGAAAAGAAGCUCAAAACCAAAGAAUAUGUAGUCUGAGCAUACAUAUAUCAUAAAACUGUACCGUAAAAACAAAACAAGGUAACAAUAAUAAACCAAAAUUAGGAUAGUCAUUACCACGGAAGGAGGAAAUGGAAGGGACAAGAGCACACAGGUAGAUGACGAGUUAUGCAGCUCUUCUGGUUCCUGGCUGGGAGGCUUAUGAGUGUUUACUAUAUGCUAUUAAUAUAUUAUGCCUUAUAGCUAAUAUAUAACAGAGCUUUAUACAUAUUAAAUACGUUCUACUUAAUAUUGUAUUAAAUACAUUAUUAAAAAAUAAAAGCAGAGUGGAAUGAUCAUCUAAAAUCUGGUAUGGUGAUUUUGUCAGUAGUGUUUGUAUAUGUCAAAUACAGUUUUUAAGGAAAGGAAGAACAUCUUAGAGUAAACAGCAGCUAGAAAGGACAGGGGCGGGAGGGUGGUGCCUCUGUGCCGCUGCCAGCAGUUGCCCAGAUACCAGUCUUUGAGGAAUGAGUGGGUGACUAAGACAGAGGCCAGAGGAUGGGAGAAAGGAUGAGUUUUGGAAAGAUUCGAUGUGACCAGACUGAGUAUGGGCAGUUGGAUACUAGACUUUGAAAUGUGAAAAGAAUGUCGAGUUAGAGUUGAGAGACUUCAGUGUGGAGAUGGAGGUCAGCCUACAGUGCAGUACGAUCAUCUAUGGAGCAUAUGAAGAGAAGAGAAUCUGGAGAAGGAGGCAGGGAGGCAGCAGAGGAGCAGCUGUGGGUUGGAGGAAGCCAGGAGGGAGAGUGAAGUGCCAGGGAAAGCAAGGAAGAGAGUUUGAAGGCAUGUCAGCAGAAUCCAGUGCUGCAAAGGUCUGGGAAUGGGAUUGCUGAGGGCCCUUUCCACAGCGAACCCCUCAAGAGCAGCUUCAGGGGAUCAUGGGGCCUGUUCGCAGACUCAGCCAAUUGCCAGGUUGAAGAUUGAAUGGGAGGUGUGGAAGAUUUGUUGGCUCAUUUAAAGAAGAUUGGAGGGAAAGGUAGGAUUGACAGUGUUUCAGACAGAAAAAGGAUUAUAUGCUGAGGAUAAAGCACAGGUACAGAGGGUUGCAGUUAGUGCAGAGAUCUUUUAAAAAAUCAUUUUAACCCAACUUCCAGGGAGAUGGCAUUUCUUCUGCCAGUCAAUAAUACCAUCAAGCUGGGAGUUGGCCCUGACCCCUCCAGUCUUAGCUCCUGCUGCUGUAACAGAAUAACACACCAGGUGGCUUAUAAAGAACAGACAUUUCUUUCUUACAGUUCAGGAGGCUGGAAGUUCAAGAUCACGGUGCCAUCAUGGCUGGGUUCUGGGGAGGGUCCUCUUCUGGGAUGCAGUGGCCAACUUUUCAUUUUCUCAUGGUGAAGGGUAAGCUUGCUUUGUGGCCUCUUAUAAGGGCACUAAUCCCAUUCAUGAGGCCUCCACCUUCAUGACCUAAUUGCCUCCCAAAGAUGCCCUUCAAAUAGCAUCUUCCUGGGAAUUCCAUUUCGACAUGAAUUGUGGGGGAUACAUUCAGACCGUAACACCUCUUUUUCUCAACCUUCACAUCCACUUGGCUCCCAAGCCCUGGUGGUUUUACACACUAGAUAGGUCUUAAGUUCAUCUCUAUGCCUGCCAUGGUUUAGGUUCUCAUCAUUCCUCCGGAUUUGUCUGCAACACAGGCUGCCUGGUUGGUUCCGCACCUCCUAGAGCUGUAAGAGAGGGCUCUCUGAUUCUUUACACCCCUGCCUCAAUCCUCUGUUGCCUGAAUUACCAUCUCCUCAUCACCUAGGGCAUAUCCCAGCUCCUUAGAGGCAUGGAAAGCCUUCCAUGUCUGACCCUGUCUCAUACCUCAGACCCCUAGACCGCUGCUGUACCCCAAGGAGGUUAUCUGCUCAUUGGCCCCACUGUCUGGAGUAACCCCAACCCAAUUCCACCCAAUUUGGGAAAGCUUUCCAACCCCUUCCCUCCACCACCUCAAAGCUAAGUGAAGUGACCCUUCUUGCCUCCGUAACACCACCAUGCACAUUUCAUACAGCCCUUGCUGAAACAUAAUCUAGUUCCCUGUUAGACUUAAUGUUCCCUAAAGGCAGGUUUGAACCUUAUUCAUCUUUCUACAUGUGGUGUCUAGAAUAGUGCUUGCUUUAUGAUAGGCGCUCAGUAAAAGUUGUCUUGAAUGAGUUGAGCAGAUCCUCUAGGGAUAGGAGUUGGGGAGCAGACUGCAAAGCCUCAUAAGGGCAGGGCCAUGCCUCUCUUCCUGAGCUUGGAAUCUCCAGAGCCUAGUUCAGUGCCUGCCAUGAAAUUGUUCACUUCAAUUGAGUGUUGGAUGAGUCGGGGGCAGGGGGACCAUGAUGGUUUUCUUUCUCUCAGAAAGAAACCAGAGACUCAAAGCCCCGGCACCCUUCCUACAGCCACCUUCAGGAUUUCAUGUUAGAAGUGGCCCAAGUGAUAUUUUCUUUACUGUCCUAUGAAGACAGCAUAUUGGCAACCCUGCAAAAGCAAAGAACCCCUCAAUUCAUGGCUUACUUACUUGCUACAAAUGAGCUUGUGUUUCUUUCCAUAUAAGGAAAUAUCUGCUAGUAUAUGCAUUAACACAUCAAGAAGAGGCCAGAUAGGAUGGCUCACAUCUGUAAUCCCAGCACUUUGGGAGCCCAAGGCAGGCGAAUCACGAGAUCAAGAGAUCAAGACCAUCCUGGCCAACAUGGUGAAACUUCGUCCCUACUAAAAGUAAAAACAAUUAGCUGGGUGUGGUGGUGCGUGCCUGUAGUCCCAGGUACUCGGGAGGCUGAUGCAGGAGAAUCGCUUGAAUCCGGGAGGUAGAGGUUGCAUCGAGCCAAGAUUGCGCUGCCGCACUGCAGCCUGGGCAACAGAACAAGACUCUGUCUCAAACAAACAAAAAAGAAAACAUCCAGAAGAGCUGUGCACAGUGUCCCAUGUCUGUAAACUCAGCCACUCAGGAGGCUGAAGUGGGAGGAUUGCUUGAGGCCAGGAAUUUCAGGCUCCAGGGAACUAUGAUUGCACCACUGUCCUCUAGCCUGUGCUGAGACCUCAUCUCUUAACAAAUAAAAAUAAAAAGUCUAAGAGGAUACACAAAUUCUUAAGUGUUUACCUUUAGGGAAAGGGAUUAUGGGAUCAGAGGUGAGGGAACUCGUGGUUUGGCUAUUUCUCAAUCUUUCUGCACUGUUUCAAAUUUUUACAAGUGUUUAUGAUUGUACUUUUAAAAAGAUUAGCUUGGCAACAAAUCUCGCCUGAAGCGGGUGCUAUUUUGAAUAGUCUGAGUGAACAGUAAGAAUUUAAAUGAAGUAACCCCUAAACUCAGCCAGUCCCAUUUUCUUUUAAACACUUGGAAUAUCUAAUUCCAUUUACACUCCAUUCUUCAAAUGUAAUUUUAGAAGAUGUCUUUUGGCUCAUCCCUCGGUUUUAAGUAUUAUUAUACCCUUUGGAGACUCACAAAACAAGCAGUCCCUAAAUUCUUGCCUAGGAAAGUAUCUUAGAUUAAAUGUUUUUUGAGAACCUUGAGAGUAUAUAUGCUAUGAAAUAGAAGAAACAAGAAUAGAUAGUCAUAAAGGCUGUUGAUCACAGGCAAUCUCUGCCGUCUGUAAGGUAAGUAUAAUAUAUAUGGCAACCUGCUGAGUGUGAACCUGCAGCAGGUGAGGAAGGAACUGUGAACUCAACAGUCUUGUUUCUUCAUUUCCCAGAGAGACACUCAGCAAAGUGAAAAGGACAUUUCCUUCCAGAUUAUCUGAAAGAAUUUCAAUGCUUACCUUUAAUCAUGUGACAUUAUUUAUCUUAUUAAUAGAAAAGAAGAGGUAUUUAUUUUGUGCAUAUUUUCAAUAAAAUAUAUGAAAU